GCAUACCCGACUUCAAAUAAUUAUUCAUAAUUUUCACAUCACUAAAUUGAUCAUGAAAUAAGUACAAGAAUAACACAUAAGAGAAUACCAAUAAAUGUCGAAAUAAUGUGAAAGCAGACAAAAAGCAAAAUGCAGCAGCGACGCGAAAAAAACUGGCUGUUCCCUUUUAUUUCUUCAGUCUAGUCUCCAAUUUUCAAGUGAUACAAUUAUAAUCUUCGGGACAAGAGUCGGUUGGGUGAUUUUUAUUCGAAAGCGUUUAAUUCUAUUAUUUUCCUUAUUCCUUUCGGUAUUUAUGAGUUUUAGGCGUCUAUUUUGUUGACGAAUUGGUAAUACAGAAGCAGUAAAAUUGUUGCAAUUACGGAAUAUUGGAAUUUGUUUUGUGUAUUCAUGAAAUCUAUGUAUAGUGGAGGAGGUGGCAAUAAUAAAGCAAAAGUAAGAGCAACCCAAAGUGAAAAUUUAAGAAAUUUGUAGUCAAAAAAUUCAUUCGCGCAGUAAAUAAUGCAGUGUAAAUAUUUAUAUUACUUUAUCUUUUAAAAUACAAAUUAUCUGUGACGGUGUUGAAAAUAUUUUUCUGGCUUUAAAAGUUAUAUAAAAAUGACCAGUAUUCAGGAAGCCAAAAUCUGUAGAGGCUUCCUAAUUUUUCUUAUUAUAAGUGCUUCGUUACAAUAUGGAAUAUCAACAGCAGUAAAAAAUGACGAGGAUGGAGAUACAAUUAUAAAGGCAACUUCAAACGACAAUGCAGCUCCAAUAUUUCAAGAUGGAACAGCUACAAUGACAACAGCAUUACCAGGUGUACCUCCUCCCCAGGUACACUUAAAUAAAUGCUGCCAUUUUAAUGAACACAUGGAUAUGAAUAAAACAUGUGUGAUGGGCAAUUCUAAAUUAUGGGUUCCUUUGAUAUAUCGUAUUAACCUAAGACGAUAUCAUACUCCUCAGGGUGCUAAGCCCAAAUUUAUGACAUUCCACGAAAAUACUUUACCAGUAGCAAAUGUUGUUACAAAUAGGUCUAUGGAAGACACUGCAGAAGUAAAUCAUGUAAUAUAUGAAAAGCGGAAAUGCACAGAGGACGAGUUAGAACUCUUUUCAGCAGGCGGAAAUUGGCUAAUAUUCUCAAAUGGCUCAUUAUUUAUGGGGGAACGAAAAAAAUUUAUCGAUCCUGAACGGUACUGUGUGGAUAGAAAUGUGGCACUUGUUUGUUUUCCACAAGAUCAAAAUGCUCUACCACGAAUAAAGAUUAGAAAAUGCUGCGGCUGGAAUGGAAUAUAUGACGCUGCUAAUGAGACUUGCAUUUUUACAGGCAGCAAUACGAAUUCUAAUCUCAUUGAUAUUCCUGAGCUACCUUUGAAUGCCAGUUUAUAUGAUACAAUAUAUGGAUUUCCAAAAUGUCAUAGAAAAGAUGUGCCCUACGCAAUUGCAGGAGAUUGGAAUGAAAACCAAAUGGAUAAUGAAAAUGGUAACAUAAAAUUAACACAUAAACUUAUAUCUGCGAGUGAUUAUUGUCUUGAACACUAUCGCGAAAAGGAUGUAAUAGUUUCCAUUAAAAUAUUCACCUGUCUCCAUCACUUUUCAUCUGAGCCUCCAGCCAACGCCAUUGCAGCCAUCAAUACCACUACAAGUAAUAAGGUGCAAGUAGCCGCUCUCAAUUUCGGUAUUGUGAUUUCAGUCGUUUUUCUUGCUGCUACAUUAGUGGCUGGCUACAUGAUGCCCUCUAUUCAUCAUAUGCUGCACUGGCGUUGUCAGAUUUACUAUGUCUUUUGUUUAUUCGUGGGUGAUUUAAUACUCGCCUACACACAAUUAUCACAGUCGCUGGAUCACGGUUCAUUCACUUGUUUAAUGUUCGCUAGCGCAAUGCAUUUCUUUUUUCUAUCGGCAUUCUUCUGGCUCAACACAAUGUGCUUCAACAUUUGGUGGACUUUUCGUGAUUUCAGACCAAGCUCGCUCGAACGCAAUCAAGAGCUGCUACGUUUACGGUUGUAUUCGGCAUACGCUUGGGGCGUACCAUUAUUGAUAAGCGCUAUCGCUCUUACAGUAGAUCACUUACCAGAAACUCAAUUGUUACGCCCGGGAUUUGGGGAACGUGGAUGCUGGUUCAAUGGAGAACACUUAUCAAUAUUUGCCUACUUUUUCGGCCCAAUUGGUCUUCUAUUGUGUGCCAACAUCGUACUUUUCAUAUCAACAACACAUCAAUUGACAUGUGGCUUAUGGAAACGAGAUGAUGUAAAAUCUACCACGGAAAAGACUGCAUUAGGAAAGGUGUGUUUGAAGCUAGUCGUGGUGAUGGGUGUUACCUGGAUUGCUGACGUAAUUUCAUGGGUCGUUGGAGGACCACAUUCUGCGUGGUUCUUUACAGAUAUGAUAAACGCUUUGCAAGGUGUGUUCAUAUUUGUUGUAGUCGGUUGUCAACCACAAGUUUGGGCUGCAUGCAAACGUUUUUGCUGUCCCCGAUCGCGUCAAGAGAUUACAAAUACAACAAAUGGCGUACAACAUUCAAGUUCAUCGCAAGGACUUCCGUCUGUGGGCGGAUAUGCUGGUGGGGAAGUUACGCAGAAUACUUCGGUGAACACAACUUCUAUUGGUGGACCAUCGCAAACGCAAACAAAAAUACCCAUGGAAACAGUUUGUUAAGUAUUUCUUCAACGAAAGCACAAUUUCAUUUCGCAGACGUCGGCAGUUUAUUCACACCGAUACCCACACACAUACCACAGCAGCUAAUGGACGACGAGUACGGUGGAGUGGAGUACGGUGAGCGUGUCGAAUGCCGAAGAUCAGAUCAUUGCAAAGCACUGAUUCCACAACAACAGUAAUAACAACAACAAAUGACUAAAGUAAUUACUACAAAAACAACAAUAGUAUUAACGUAAACAACAAACAGCAAAAAUAAAAACACAGAAAAUCGACGCACAUAGCAAGAUACUCGACAAGCAGACAAACAAUCAGUAUCAGUAUUGUAAAAAGAUAUAGAAAAGCGCAAAACCAAAUUGGAUAAAAAAAGAGAAUUGCAAAAAGGCAUAAUGAGAAAACAACUACAACGAAUAAGUGAAAAAGAAAUUAUACUAUGUAUGUACGUACAAGUAUGUAAGUAAUUGACAAAGCUAAAAUGAAGCUGCCCGAAUGAAGAGGGAAAAUAAACAAAAACAAAAACAAAAACAAAUCGUGGCGAACAUUAGCGCAUAAAAUCGCAGCAAUCGAAACAACGCAACAGCACAUCAACGCAGCAGCACGGCAGGAAGUGUAGAGAGGUGAGAUUAUAAAAGUACUUAUAACAUCUCUACCAAAAAUAACAACAUGUUUGUGGCUAAGCUAGUUACACAAUUUACAGCUGUUUUGGGGAUUUAACAUGCGGGUCGAUCGUAUAUGCUCUUAUUAUU